AUAAGGUUUUUCCCCUCGCUUUUUUUUUCCUCUUCACUGUGCAUUAUACCAUCUAAAAAUAGAAGCUGUCAAAUCUAUGAAAUUUAUAAAUUCUCAUCACAUCUCUAUAAAAUACUGCCACUCAUUAGUGUGACUCUCUCCUGUACAGAAACACCAACGGACCCACACAGGCCUGCCCCACAUCGCAGGGCACGCUGCGAGCCAUGGACAGCCGAGAAAUACAAAAGUAAAUGCACUUGUUAAACGUCUGGCCGUCCUCACAGCACCAUCGCACAGCACGCGGCCAGCUACACCACCGCGCAGACCCGUUCUCGUGCAAGGGCGCGACCCAAGCCCCGGAGGGUGAACAGUCUAAGGGUUCACAGUGCCGGGGUAAAGGUGAAGAGCUCAGGGCAGGCGCCAGGGGCUCAGGAAGGGGCUCAGGCCGCGGUGGGGGCCUCCGAGGAAUGUGGUGGCGACGGGCCUGCCUUUGGUACGGGAGCAGUGCGUCGGGGGAGCUGGCCGGGCGGCGUUUCUGAGAACGGGGUUCGGCGUUGUCAGCGUCUAGUCAGCACCAAGCGGGUGGAGGCAGGCGCGGGCCUGGGGAUGAGAUAGCACCGGGGCAGGCUGUCGGCGAAUCCGCU